UAAUAAUUAGUUAUUUUAACACAAGGCUCAAAUAUCUAAUAUUUAGCAGCAGCACCAGCACAUGCACCAACAGAGUCACUUUCUGGCAAACAGUUGUGUGCAAUCAUAAAAACCAAAACUGACAAAGAUAGGCUUGAACUUAAAGAACACCUGAGGCCCCAUGAAAGAAUAUGACAACUUGAUGUUUUCCUGAAAAUAAAUGUCAACGUCAUGAAUGUCCUAGAUCCAAAAGUUACAUAGAAAUAGUUUAAAGACAACAUGGUUAAUGUUCUGGAGUGGCCAAGUCAGACCACAACACAUUUGAGGAUUUAAAAAACUUGUGUUCUCUCACAGACCCCAGGAAGCCUGACAAAGGUUCAGCAGUGUUGCAAAUAAAAAUAAUGUAAAACUGUAAAAGCGUCCAGAAGUGUAAGGAUGAUUUAGACUUAUUCACAUAGGCUCAAUGCUGAAAUUGCAGCCAAAGGAGCAUCUACUAAAUACUAAAUGAAGGAGGUAAAAAUUUCUGAAAUCACUGAUUUUACAUUUUUAACGGACUGGCAUUACUUUGUAGAAAUCUGUUUCACUCUGACAUAAAAGACUCUGGCGUUGCAAAUUCUUGUCAAGAAGGCCAAACUACACUGACCAUGAUCCAAUCUAAAAAAGCAAUUAAAGGGGACAUCUUUCAAAGGGGCCAAAUACUUUUCCGAGGUACUGCAUAUGAGCAUACAUUAACAUUGUGCACUUCUUUCUGAAAAAUCUUCGAGCUUUAACACCAGCAAUCUCUUGCAUCAAUUAUGAUGCAAGAGACUGAUGGCUUUCAAAAGCUAAAACCAUGUCUUUUGUAAUCUUACCAAUAACUUCACAAAAAUGCCAACAGCAUGUUGGCAAAUACACUGAAGCAAUAAAGACCACAAAAAAAGCAAGAUCUCUUCUCUAAAAACUAUAAAACCAAAAGGUGAAAGUCUUGAUUUCACUAGAGACCAUGGCAGUGAGCUUCGUACUUCUGCUGCUCUUUGUCUUCAAUGGAGCUGAUGGCUCUCAUAUUGUUGGAGGCAGAGAUGCUCCAUCCCACUCACGUCCAUACAUGGCCUCUUUGCAAGUCGGAGGCCAACACAUCUGUGGAGGAGCACUCGUGAGGGAGGACUUUGUGGUGACUGCCGCACAUUGUAGAGUACGCGGAAGAUACACCGUGGUGCUUGGAGCUGAUUCCCUGACAGCUAACGAGCCCUCAAAGCAGGAGUUCAGAGCUGCCAGACUCAUUCCACAUCCACAGUAUGACCCAAGACGACUUCGCAAUGACAUCAUGCUCAUACAGCUUAACAACAGGGCCCGACUGACCGAAGAAGUGCAGCUGAUUCCUCUGAAAGCUGACAGGGUUACAGCAAGGAGUCGGUGCCUGACAGCUGGCUGGGGGACUAUAGAUGAUAACAACACCUUACCGCGCAGGCUUCAAGAAGUCAACGUCACCAUCCUCUCGACACAAGCGUGUCGCAGGAGAUGGGGGCAAGCUUCCAUCACCAGGGCGAUGAUUUGUGGCAGGGGUGGCCGUGCCUUUCAAGGCUUCUGCUCUGGGGAUUCGGGUGGUCCACUUGUGUGCGAUGGAGCUACAGCCGGCGUGGUCUCCUUCUCUGGACAGCGAUGUGGAGACCCUCGGACCCCUGAUGUCUACACUCGCAUAUCGUCCUUCAGGGAAUGGAUAACAACUGUGAUAAAUAACAGCUAGGCCAACCAGAUUGUUUGAUAAUAUGUCAGCAUGCUUGACUGGAUUGCAGUGCUGUGUUUGUUGAAAUAAUGUGAUGUCUUUUUGUUGCCUUGCAUUCAUCAGUGUUUGUUAUACAGAAUGCUUUCCAAAUAGCAGAACUUCAUUAUAAAGGUAAAAUAUAAAGAGCUGAAGAUAACAGACUAUGCUAGAAUAUCUCUUACAUUCCAAGGCUUUCUUUUUUCUUUUUGUUUUGCUGCAUUUAAAAUAUGUAUCAACAGUUGUAUCACCUAAAACAAACAAUAAAAAAAAAAUCCAUUCUGUUGUUGUUACAAAUUGUGAUUUUAUAGGGGAACUAAAUGUGUCUCUGCUGUUCCAUUUUAUAAGCAAUAAAGGUGGCUACACAGCUGAACAGGUGAGGCAUUCAUGUGACAAGUUACACCUGAAUGUUUGGACUAGGAAUGUUAGUGAUUAAUUAGUUCUUUGGGAAUACUUGAUAACUGAAUAAAAAAACAAAACAGAAGAAGAAGGACAUGCAUGUCAGAAAGCUUAUUGUAGGUUAAAUUCAGUACCUGGUUGCACCACCAGGUGAAGUCUUUUCCUGUUUUAGACAGUAGUGAUCAGAGGAGGCAGUCAGUUUCAUGUUGGUGAGCAGAGAACAUUGUGGGACUUCAGGUCGCAAAAGGGCACCAUGACAAAGCUUUUUAGGCUAUCAGGACAGUGCAUCUGUACUACAAUGGCAAAUGUAACUAAGUUGUAAUGUGACUGUUGUUGAGAAAACUUAUAUGGUGGUGUAUGGAAUCAUAGCCAUUAAACGUGUGUUAUUGAUAAA